GGCAGCAGCAGCAGCGGCGAAGCAGCAGCAUCCGCCCUUUCCCUCCAGCCCUGACGGUGCACAGAGCCUGUCGAGCUGCCGCUGCCGCUGCCCGCGCCUUCCCUUCCUCUCCCAGCCUCGGAGGAUGGGCUGCAAGAGGCUGUGGGGCAUCUCCCGAUCUUCCUGAGACCCGGCCGACCGAAGGAGGAGCGGGAGCAGCAGCAACAACAGCAGCAGCCGCCGCCGCCGCCGGAGCUGGGGCUUGUAUGGACGGAGCAACCAUGAACGCCCGGGUCUCCGCCUCCUCUCCUGCCGCUUCCCAAGAGCUCCUUGCUGCUGCCGAUGAACAGGGGACUCCAGUGUAAAGGGAGAAGGAGGAGGAGGAGGAGGAAGACGAAGAAGAAGAGGAGGAGGAGGAGAAGGAAGAGGCGGCGGCGAGCCGAGGCGUGAUUGGGUUCGCCUUGCCCAAAGGUACAAAGGUGUCGAAGGGGGAACCGGGCAAGGCUCUCUCGCUGGCUCUCUCUCUCUUGCCAAACAUGUCCUCGUCUCCUUCUCCUUCUCCUUUUUCUUCGCUGGGGCCCCGCGGGCCUCGGCCCCCCGCCGUGCCUCCCCCCAUGCAGGAGCUGCCCGACCUGAGCCACCUGACAGAAGAGGAGCGGAACAUCAUUAUGGCUGUGAUGGACCGCCAGAAAGAAGAAGAGGAGAAAGAGGAGGCCAUGCUCAAAAGAUUACACCAACAAUUUGAAAGUUACAAAGAGCAAGUACGAAAAAUAGGUGAGGAAUCCCGCCGUUAUCAAGGAGAACACAAAGAUGAUGCACCCACGUGUGGGAUCUGUCACAAAACUAAGUUUGCUGAUGGUUGCGGCCAUUUAUGCUCUUACUGCCGGACAAAGUUUUGUGCCAGAUGCGGAGGCCGUGUUUCUCUACGAUCAAACAAUGUUAUGUGGGUAUGCAACUUAUGCCGGAAGCAACAAGAGAUCCUAACUAAAUCCGGAGCAUGGUUUUUUGGGAGUGGCCCACAACAGCCAUCCAGUCAUGAUGGUACACUGAGUGACACAGCUACUGGUGCUGGUUCGGAGUCUCCUAGAGAAAAGAAAGCUCGGCUUCAGGAACGGUCACGAUCUCAAAUACCCCUAAGCACAGCAGCCGCAACUUCACAAGAAAUAUCCUCUGGUAUGCAAGCAAACAGAAGGAAAGCCCCAGAAGUGUCACAACAAACAAUGGGCCUGGAACAGAAACAAACUGCUUCAAGAUCUAGAAGCGAACCCCCAAGAGAGAGGAAGAAGAUACCCAUUGCUUUUGAGCAAAAUGGAAAAGGAGGUGUGAAAGCAGAGCGCAAACGUGUGCCAAAGUCUUCACUACAGCAGAGUGAAGGACAAACAGAUGAGAAGGGAAGUAAAGAAAGGCGUGAUGGGAGAAGAUUAGAGAAAGGGAGGUCUCAAGACUACUCAGACUUCCCUCCCCAUUUUGAGGAAGGCAAGACAGCUAAUGAAGAAAAACAGAGGAAAGAAGAUGAAUAUACCAGAUAUAGGAGCGAUCCAAAUCUUGCAAGGUACCCUGUGAAACCCCAUCCCGAGGAGCAGCAGAUGCGCAUGCACGCAAAAGUUUCAAAAGUGCGGCAUGAGAGAAGACACAGUGAUGUUGCCUUGCCUCAUACUGAAGUUGAGGAGCCUGAGGUGCCUGAGAAUAACCUUGGAAAGCAUUCACAGUUGCAAGGAACUCAGGAUAUAAAAUCCCAUGUGGAUGCCCAGAAGACAUAUCCAAUAGAAAGAACAGGUGAUGUCAGGAUUUCUGUUUCUAAACAACUGAUUUCUCAUACCCCAUCAACGCCCCGCCAUAGCAUGAUUCUUACAGAACAUUUAGAAUCCAAGAACCAUGAUUCCUUUAAAGCACAAACUCGCUUAGAUCCCAGCUCUGCUAUUCUCAGUCGGAAAGCAAAGCGAGAGAAAAUAGAAACCAUGCUAAGAAACGAUUCCCUCAGUUCUGAUCAGUCAGAAUCCGUGCGACCCUCUCCCCCAAAACCUCAUAGAUCAAAGCGUGGUGGGAAAAAAAGGCAGAUGUCCGUCAGCAGCUCUGAGGAAGAAGGAGCAUCAACACCUGAGUAUACCAGCUGUGAUGAUGUAGAAAUAGAAAGUGAAAGUGUCAGUGAAAAGGGUGACUUGGAUUAUUACUGGUUGGAUCCUGCCACAUGGCACACUAGAGAUACAUCCCCUAUUAGCUCGCAUCCUGUAACUUGGCAACCAUCUAAAGAGGGAGAUCGGCUAAUUGGUCGCGUUAUUCUCAACAAAAGAUCAACUAUGCCAAAAGAGUCAGGUGCAUUACUGGGACUCAAAGUUGUAGGAGGAAAAAUGACCGAUUUAGGACGACUUGGUGCCUUCAUUACCAAAGUAAAGAAAGGUAGCUUGGCUGAUGUGGUGGGACAUCUAAGAGCAGGUGAUGAAGUUCUAGAGUGGAAUGGUAAACCACUUCCUGGAGCUACAAAUGAAGAAGUUUACAAUAUUAUUUUAGAAUCCAAAUCAGAACCUCAAGUUGAAAUUAUUGUUUCAAGGCCUAUUGGUGACAUUCCACGGAUUCCUGAAACUUCUCAUCCUCCACUAGAGUCUAGUUCUAGCUCAUUUGAAUCUCAAAAAAUGGAACGGCCUUCAAUUUCUGUUAUUUCCCCUACUAGCCCUGGAGCUUUAAAAGAUGCACCACAAGUUCUACCUGGGCAGCUGUCAGUUAAACUAUGGUAUGAUAAAGUGGGGCAUCAGUUAAUAGUGAAUGUUCUUCAAGCAACAGAUCUGCCACCUAGAUUAGAUGGACGACCAAGAAACCCAUAUGUGAAAAUGUACUUCCUUCCAGAUAGAAGUGAUAAGAGUAAAAGAAGGACCAAAACAGUAAAGAAAAGCUUAGAACCCAAAUGGAACCAAACCUUUCUCUAUUCGCAUGUACACCGUAAGGAUUUUAGAGAACGGAUGUUAGAAAUUACUGUUUGGGAUCAGCCAAGAGUGCAAGAAGAAGAAAGUGACUUCCUCGGAGAGAUUCUCAUAGAGUUGGAGACUGCGCUUUUAGAUGAUGAUCCACAUUGGUAUAAGCUGCAGACCCAUGAUGAAUCCUCACUACCUCUUCCUCAGCCAUCACCUUUCAUGCCAAGGAGACAUGUCCAUAGCGGAGAAAAUUCCAGCAAAAAAUUACAAAGAUCUCAGCGAAUCAGUGAUAGUGACAUCUCAGAUAAUGAGGUUGAUGAUGGUAUUGGAGUAGUUCCUUCAGUAGGCUAUAGGUCUAGCAGUAGAGAAAGUAAAUCUGCAACAUUAACUGUGCCAGAACAGCAAAGAACAACUCAUCAUCGUUCACGAUCUGUAUCUCCUCACCGUGGUGACGAUCAGGGCAGGACCCGUUCUCGUUUACCAAAUGUGCCAUUACAGAGGAGUUUAGAUGAAAUUCAUCAAAUGAGAAGAUCACGUUCUCCAACUAGACACCAUGAUGCCUCCCGAAGCCCAGUUGACCGCAGACCAAGAGAUAUGGAUAAUCAGUAUUUAUCAGAUCAAGAAGGUGAGCUUCUUAUGCUGCCAAGGGCAAAACGAGGAAGAAGUGCAGAGUGCCUACAUACAACCAGAAAUUCUGUUAGGCACUAUAAAUCACUACCUCCCAAGAUGCCUUUAUUUGAGAAUGGCACUUACUGGAAUCUUUACAGCUCAACCCUGCCUGCAUAUAUUAAGGCCAAAUCAGUGCUUAGUCAGGAUAAUUCACUUCAUCCUAAUUGCCUUAAUUCACAUGUAUCAAGAUUUACAGGAAGGCUGUUGGUUAGUGAACUGCAGCCCUCGCUUGACAGGGCUAGGAGUGCUAGUACUAACUGCUUGAAGCCUGAUACUAGUUUGCAUUCACCAGAACAAGAAAGAAGUAGAUGGUCCCCCUCACUAGAUAGAAGACCCACUAGUCCCCGGAUUCAUAUCCAACAUGCAUCUCCGGAGGAUGACAGAACAACACUGCCGGAGUCUUGCAAUCCAAAACAAGACAGUUUAAACUUCCUAAGUGCUAAUCCAGAAGAAAUACAGAGGCAUCCCAGAAAGGUGGAAAGAUAUAGCACCCAAAAACAGAUUAGAAAAAGCUCUGCAUCAGAAACAGAAAGAAUGCGCCAACCAGGAAGUCCCAUGCAGUCAUCUCCAACAGAUACAUCCUUCAGCCGUAAGGGGAGACAGCUUCCACAAGUUCCCAUUAGAAGUGGCAGUACAGAGCAAGAACAAGAGACUUAUAGUUCAUCAUCCAAAGCAAAUUUAGUAGUGGAGGAGCGAACAAGACAGAUGAAAAUGAAAAUGCACCGGUAUAAUCAGACAACAGGGUGUGGUUCUAGUCAAGAACUUGAACAUGAGCAAUAUACUAAGUAUAAUAUACAAACCGAUCAGUACAGAAGUUGUGAUAAUGUCUCUGCCAAGUCAUCAGAUAGUGAUGUCAGCGAUGUGUCAGCUAUUUCCCGCACCAGCAGUGCCUCUCGCCUCAGCAGCACAAGCUUUAUGUCAGAGCAAUCCGAGCAUCCAAGAGGCAGAAUCAGAUCAAAAUCCUUAGAGAACUGCAAAGUUGAUGGCAAAAAAGACAGGAGAAUUUCAUGGGAAUUAGAUGUCAAGCCGGGGCACAGUGAAAAAAAAAAGAAUGUGGAAGACAAGAAAAGAAGGCAUACUGUUGCUGAUGUGAGUACGUUUACUCCUAAAAUGCAAGGCGGAAGGAUGGGGACUUCAGGGAGAAUCAUCACAAAGAGCACAAGUGUGAGUGGAGAAGUAUAUAAGCUGGAACAGAAUGAUGGGAGUCAAUCAGAUACCGCAGUUGGGACAGUUGGAACAGGUGGGAAGAAGAGAAGAUCAAGCCUUAGUGCCAAAGUGGUUGCCAUGGUAUCCCGCAGAAGCAGAAGCACAUCCCAGCUUAGCCAAACAGAGACUGGCAACAAGAAGCUGAAAAGCACUAUACAAAGAAGUACAGAGACAGGAAUGGCAGCAGAAAUGAGAAGUCGCAUGGUUCGGCAGCCCAGUCGGGAGUCAACUGACGGUAGUAUCAACAGUUACAGCUCAGAAGGAAAUCUAAUAUUUCCUGGAGUUCGACUGGGUGCUGAUAGUCAGUUCAGUGAUUUUCUGGAUGGGCUUGGACCGGCUCAGCUAGUGGGACGACAGACUUUAGCAACUCCUGCCAUGGGAGAUAUUCAGAUUGGAAUGGUGGAUAAGAAAGGACAAUUAGAAGUGGAAGUCAUUAGAGCUCGAGGUCUAAUACAGAAGCCUGGCUCUAAAUCUACCCCAGCGCCAUAUGUCAAAGUGUACCUGCUUGAAAAUGGGGCAUGUGUAGCUAAGAAGAAAACAAGGAUUGCCAGGAAAACCCUUGAUCCCUUAUACCAACAGACAUUGGUUUUCGAUGAAAAUUCACAGAACAAAGUCCUUCAGGUGAUAGUAUGGGGAGAUUAUGGCCGAAUGGAUCACAAGAGUUUCAUGGGAGUUGCACAGAUCUUGUUAGAAGAACUUGAUUUAUCCAGUGUGGUAAUAGGCUGGUAUAAAUUAUUUCCACCUUCCUCCUUGGUGGAUCCAACAUUGACUCCUCUGACUCGCAGGGCUUCCCAGUCAUCUCUGGAAAGUUCAACUGGGCCUCCCUGUAUUCGAUCUUAAUGAACAUAAAGCAGGAGUUCUCUUAACAAACUCAAUGUCACUCAAGGCAAUCAGUGGGAAAGGGAAUAGCUAUUUGCAACAAUGAGGAACAGUUUUGAAAAGAGACAAUCAUCACAUCAAUUUUGCCUGUAGUAGUUGAUCCAAAAAUAUGUCUUGAGUUGUGUAUUAAAAAAAAAAAAGACAGCUUAAAUUGAUUGAGCAAAGCAGUAUAUGAAAAUAUAGCCAAUCCAUCUAGCAAAAUGACCCUGAUGUUCACCCUUAUCAGGAUUUGAAGAAGGACUUUUGAGAUUCAACUGGAACUACCAUUCUUCAGCAGUGCCCCUCUCCCAUUUUGUUUCUCAGCAGAAACCACAAGCAGUGUUAACAUCCUGAUAUUUCUGUAUUGUUACCUCUCCUACUUCUGUUUUCUAUGUUCUCCUGCCAGUUUUGUAAAAAAAUAUUCUCGAUGCUAACAGAGACUCUUCCUUUCUUUUUCUAAAACAAAAUCAAAAAGGGCUGAAGUAAAUCCCUGUAAGCAUCUCUAAAAGUGUUCAUUUGCAAUCCUGCGAUGCCAAUAGCUGUCCCAUUGUCCCUCCUUUCUGGUUGUCCACAAUCUUAACUAAUAAGGUGGGGAACUAGAAUAAAUGACCAACUUCUGGUUUACUUUUGCUUCUUAUUACAGCUUGUUACUGUUGUAAAAACAGAAUAUAUUUGCAUUAUGCAUCAAGGUUUUUUUUUCCUGUUUUUAAGAGUUUGCAUGAGGGAAAUAUAAAGCUGCAUCUAUUGUUACAGACUUGUUUUUUAAAAAAAAGAAAGGAAAAGAAACAAGUUUUGGCUUGGCUUUGGAUUUAAUUUUAAUGUACUGGCCAUUAUUUUUGUAAAGUGGUUGUUCUACCAGAGCUCAUUAGAAAAGUCAUUAGAAUCAUAUCAUACACAUAUAAAUAUUGAUUGGGAAAAUAUUGAACAUCUAAAACUUCGAGUUGUUAUCUAGGAUCUUUGAAUUCUUGUGUUACUUUUGAAAAGACUUAGCCAUCCCCUUUUAGAGGUUGCUAUAAAUUGUUCAAUUUUCCACUGAAUUUUUUUAAUAGUAAUUUUAUUCAAAUUUACAGUUAAAAAGAUAAAAACUAAUAUAAACUAAAAGAAUAGAAGGAAAAAUAGAAAGUACAGCAAACAAAAAAAUAGAAAUAAAAAGAGAAAAGAGAAAAAAAUAGGAAUAUAAUAAAGAAAAGGAAAGAAAUAUAUAAAGAAAUUACUUCCCCUUCAUCACAAGAAGUAUGAACAAUUUUAAUAACUUAUCUUCUUUAAAAUACAACAAAUGAUCUCUUCUUCCAACAUCCCAUCUCGUAUUUAUGAAAAAAUCCAUAAAGCCUCAUCAAUCAAGCCUGAUCCAUUUAAGGUUUACCACAGAUAACUAGAUAAACCAUUGUUGCAUUUUUUCCUUGAAUUUCAGUAAUCUUGCUCUUUAGUCCCUUCAAAUAUUAUCCUAGCACUUGAUUUUUUUUCUUUAUCCCUUCUCACAAAAGUCUUCAAAGCUUUGACAAGUCUCUCCAGUAUGAUAUCUUUUUCCAUAUCAUUCUUGCACCUGUCAUUUUAAAAUCUACUUUCAGAUCAGUUUCAGUCUUGUCCAGUAAAACGUGUUCCUCUUCCAUGACAUCUUUCAAACACAGUCUGUCUAUUGAGGCAGACAUUCUUAAAGUUAACUGCUGGGUCCAUCGUUCAAAAAUAUCAUUCAGUAUGCCCAACGUUAAAAUAUGUUCCUUCAUUCUGUAUUAAUAAGACAAAUUUAAGUGUUCUCCUUUAAUUGUAAUCUUUAGUUCCUUAUGGUUUCCCCUAGCGUCCAAUCUUCAAAGACUCAUCCUAUCAUGUUUCUUUUAAAAAAAGAAUUCAAAAUAAAGGCAUUUUCAACCAGAAAGAAUUCUUGCAAUUAAUUCAGAAAUCUAAUUUCAAAUCCAUCCUGGACCCUGUAAGUUACCCUAUUUACAAAAUCAAAGUUCUUAUCACCAUUUUGCUGUUUAUUCCACUGAGAAUUAUUUUGUAUUGACAAUUCCAGUUGAACUAUUCUGCACUUACGAAUGCUUUUUUUAAACUUCAGUUUACAUAUCUUUGAGAUUGAUGCAAGCACAAAGCUUGAUUGUUUUAAAACAA